AUGGAACGAGCUGAAAGAUUGCUUUUACAGUACGCACAGGCGGAGUCCUUUGACGAAGAUAUCGUCACUAUUAAAAAUGGUAAGCCAUUGCACCGCUCCAGUAGAUUACUCUCUCUGUCACCGGUGUUUGAUGAACAUGGACUGCUGCGUGUGAGCGGCCGAAUCGAUGCUGUAACAGACGUACCCAUUGAUGUUAAGAGGCCGGUAAUACUUGAUGGUCGGCAUCAGGUGAGUAAGUUGAUUGUCCGAGACUAUCACGUGAAGCUGGCGCACGGGAACCAAGAAACCAUAGUUAAUGAGGUAAAACAACGGUUCUGGAUCUUACGUCUAAGGCCAACAGUUAAGUCCAUUGCAUCAUCCUGCAUGCUGUGCAGAAUCCGCAAGUGCCAACCACGGAUUCCGCGAAUGGGUGACUUACCAAGGGCUCGAAUGGCACACCAUCAGCGGGCAUUCUCGUACUGCGGUUUAGACCUGUUCGGACCGAUGGAGGUCGUCGUAGGACGUCGCCGCGAAAAGAGGUAUGGAGUUUUGUUCACUUGCCUGACAGUGCGCGCGAUCCACAUUGAGCUAGUCUCCUCUCUGACGUCGGACUCGUUAAUAAUGUCACUGCGUCGGAUGGCGGCCAGGCGUGGCUGGCCAUCACAUCUGUUCUCUGAUAACGGGACAAACCUGCGCGGCGCCUGUACUGAGCUGCAGCGAUCGAUGCAGGAACUGAACGUUGAAGAACUGAAAAGCUACGGUGUCAACAAAGGUUUGGAGUGGACUUUUAUCCCUCCCGCUAGCCCCCAUUGGGGUGGGGCGUGGGAGAGGCUAAUCCGUAGCGUAAAGACGUCUCUCAAAGUAAUUUUAAAUGAGCGUGCACCACGGGACGAAGUUUUAAGUACGCUUAUGGCGGAAGUCGAAAAUAUAGUGAACAGUCGUCCCUUGAUGCACGUCUCUGUAGAAAAUGGAGGUGUAGAAUCACUUACACCGAACCAUUUCCUUCUUGGCACGUCGUCAAAUCUGCCUACUAUUGGUUCUUUUGACGGGUCUGACCUGUACCUGCGGAAACAUUGGCGUACAGCUCAGCGGCUAACCGAUAUGUUCUGGCAGAGAUGGAUGAAGGCGAUCCUACCCGACCUCAUACCAAGAAGGAAAUGGCACGAGGAAAGGAAGCCGCUGCAAGUCGGUGACCUCGUCCUUGUCGUGGACCCAAACUCUCCUCGCAAUAUGUGGCCAAAAGGUUUGGUCACUCAGGUGUUUGCCGGUAAGGACGGGCGCAUAAGGCUGGUGGAGGUCAAGACCAGGACUGGGACUUGGCGUCGGUCUGCGGCACGCAUCGCACCUAUCUCUUUAGUUGAUUAG